AUGCUGUUGCUAGUGGUGUGGGUGGUUACUGCGGUGUGCGCGGUGUGGUUGUACUUCCGGCAGACGUACACGCGAUUCAGCCGAUACGGCGUGCGCUCGUUGCGUCCCCUGCCGCUCUUCGGCAACAUUGCCAGGAUCACAAUGCGCCAGGAGCACUUCUCAGACAGCAUUGAAAGGCUCUACGGUGCCUUCCCUGAUGACAGGUUUGUGGGCAGAUACGAGUUCCUUAACCCGAUGGUGAUGAUCAAGGACAUCGAGCUUAUAAAGAAGAUAGCUGUGAGGGACUUCGAGCACUUCCUCGACCACCGGGCCUUCGUCGACGAGCAAGUCGACCCCUUCUUUGGACGAAAUCUGUUUGCUUUAAAAGGUCAGGAGUGGAAAGACAUGCGAUCUACCUUAAGCCCCGCCUUCACUAGCUCUAAGAUGCGACUCAUGGUGCCCUUCAUGGUCGAAGUCGGCGAAAAGAUGAUGGAAUCUUUAAGGAUGAAAAUGAAGAACUCGAAAGCUAAUUGUAUCGAUGUGGACUGUAAGGAUUUAACGACUCGGUACGCGAAUGACGUCAUCGCCUCAUGCGCCUUCGGUCUGAAAGUGGACUCGCACACGAACAGAGACAACGAGUUCUACAAGAUGGGCAAAGUUGCUUCCACUUUCGACUUCAAUCAGUUGCUCAAGUUUCUGUUGCUUGUUUCUUGGCCCAAUAUUUCAAAGGUUCUUCGCGUGAGUCUGUUCACGCCGGCGAUAAAGAACUUCUUUCUAAAUCUGGUGCUAGGCACUAUGAGCGAUCGCGAGGCUAAACAGAUUGUCAGACCUGACAUGAUACAUCUGCUGAUGGAAGCUAAGAAAGGUCGGUUGACACACGAAGAAAAAUCCGCCGCUGACGCAGAUGCGGGCUUUGCCACGGUCGAAGAGUCGACUGUUGGUAAGAAAAAUAUAGACCGAGUGUGGUCGGAUACGGACCUAGUGGCGCAGGCGGUGGUGUUCUUCAUCGCGGGCUUCGAGGCGAUCUCCGCGGCGAUGUCGUUCGCGCUGUACGAGAUGGCGCUGCACCCCGACGUCCAGGAGCGCCUGCACCGCGAGAUCCGCGAGUAUGACGAUAGGAACAAGGGGGCGAUCGACUAUACUUCCAUACAGAGCAUGACCUAUCUGGACAUGGUGGUAUCUGAGGUGCUCAGACUGUGGCCACCCGCUUUAGCAUUGGACAGACUCUGUGUCAAAGAUUAUAGCUUAGGAAAAGCAAAUAAGGAUUGUACUCUUGACUAUGUGGUGCGCAAAGGCGAGUCGAUCAUGAUCCCCGCGUGGUCUAUCCACCGCGACCCCGCCUAUCACUCACGGCCGCUCCAUUUCGAUCCGGAGCGCUUCUCUGAGGAACGCAGGCACCUAAUCAAGCCUUUCACCUACAUGCCCUUCGGCCUCGGGCCCAGGAACUGCAUCGGUUCCCGGUUCGCGCUGUGCGAAGUGAAGGUGCUACUGUACCAGCUGCUGCUGCAGGUGCAGGUUUCCCCUUGCGAGAAGACCUGCAUCCCAGCCAAACUGUCCCCGGAUACGUUUAACAUUAGAAUGAAAGGCGGACACUGGCUAAGGUUCACGCUCAGGGAGUAAGAAAAAUAUCCUACUGUUGAAUUAAUAAGUCAAGGCAGAGAUUUCUUUACAUGUUUUC